AUGAAAUUAUUUGUUUUGUCUCUCGCUGCUCUUGCUUCUGCUCAGCGACCAAAGCGGAAUAAGAACAAGAACAACAACUAUCCGAAAACGACGACGCCUGCUUACGAGACGACGACGUACUACGCUACAACUGAAGCUCAGGAAGGAGCGUACAACGACAACGGCCAGUUCGGAACUGGAGGCGCUUAUGGAGACCCUCAUUUCAUGGUCGCCGCGCCAAAGACGGAGCCAAUUUGCUUCGACUACAACCCUCCAGCUGAUUCGGAAAUGACGCUCAUCAUGGACCCGGAGUCGAAUCUCUUCAUUUCUGCCCGCGUGGACUCUCGAAGACAAGGCAAGACGCGAUUCAUGACCAGAUUGACGAUCAUGUCUCCUCUUGGCGCUACCAUGAGCAUCGAUGAAAACGGAGUCCAUGUUGAAGGUCUUCCAGGAUGGGCAGAAGCGCUGAAAGAGCCAACCGAAUCUGGCAUCAUCGAGUACGGAGACAUCAAAUACACCGAGCAGUGGUCGGAAGACGGCGCUCGCGACAAGAUCACUCUUGAGAUCAACAACGGCCCUCAUUUUCUCAUCAAAGAGAAAGCUUUCCGAGAAACAAUUUCCUUCGGAAUCCAAUCUUCUCAGGGUCUCUCUGAAAAGACGCGAGGUGUUCUAGGGCAGUUCGUUCACAACAACGCUUACACAAUCAAGCAGCACUCCGAAACCGAAGCUACUGUUAAUAUUGACGGAUUCGAGGUCUCCGCUAAAUGGGAAGAAUUCCACCGAAACUCGGAGUGCUGGACCAUCGAAGAAGACCAACUUCUCGAUUUCUUCAGUCAAUUCUGA